AAUCGCGAGGACUCUAUCUAAGACUUGAAAAACUGAAGAGAUCCGCCAUAGGAAAAAAAAAACAAAAAAAAACACAAAACACAAUAAUAGGCUUUAAACAGCACAGCAGCGUCGGGAGCGACACGUCUCAAAGCCAAUGGAUGCUCUGGUCGAUGUGGGAGUAUUGAUGAUCGCCUGAAGGAAAUAACGCCCAUUUGCGUAAAUUUUGGUAUCAGACUGGAGCAAAGGUGGGAGAGGCCAAUCACGUGAAAAAAUCCACACUUUAUACUGAUGCCAUUGGAGAUACCAUCCUUGCUUUAUUGUCUUUGAGUGAGCAACAAUGCAGAAGGCAACAUACUACGACAACGCUGCACUCUUUGGGGGGUACAGUUACCCCAAAGCCGACUCUUACAGCUACGCUCACCAGUCCUACCCUGCAGCCACCAUUGAGGGGGACUACCAGGGCCCAGUGUGCCCCAUUCAGAGCCCCGCUGUCCGGCCUCCCCCGGCCCUGAAGGAAAGUGACUUAAACGUGGAUUGCAUGCGGCAGAGCAGCAGCAACAGCAGCAGCAGCAGUCAAAGCAACACAAGCAGCAGCAGCAGCAGCAGCCAUGAGGCGUCGAGUGUUGGGGAGCAGCAGGCCGGGGCUCCCCUUCCCCCAUCACCCGGCUCUGUGCCCCAUAAGAAGAAGUCUUCCCCGGGUGGCGGCAACGCUACGCCGGUCUUGACCAAGCAGAUCUUCCCCUGGAUGAAGGAGACCCGGCAGAAUGCAAAGCAGAAGGGCAACACUUGCCCUGCAGCAGGCGAGGUGAGCGACGAAAAGAGCCCGUCUGGCCCGGCCUCCAAGCGGGUGAGAACCGCGUACACCAGCGCGCAGCUGGUGGAGCUGGAGAAGGAGUUCCACUUCAACCGCUACCUCUGCCGCCCACGCAGAGUGGAGAUGGCCAACCUGCUCAACCUGACCGAGCGCCAAAUCAAGAUCUGGUUCCAGAACCGCAGGAUGAAGUACAAAAAGGACCAGAAGUCCAAAGGGCUGGCGCACUCCCCGCUGGGCCACUCCCCGGACCGAAGCCCCCCGCUGAGCGGGCCCGCUCACAUGGGCGGGUACACGGGCCAGCUGCAGAACUCUUUGGCCUACGACGCGCCCUCCCCGCCGCCCUUCGCCAAGCCCCAGCAGAACAUGUACGGCCUGGCCGCCUACACGGCCCCGCUGGGCGGCUGCAUGCCGCAGCAGAAGCGCUACCCGGGCGCCGAGUACGAGCACCACAGCCUGCAGGGCGGCGGCGGAGGCGGCACCUUCGCCGGCGCCAACCUGCAGGGCAGCCCGGUGUACGUGGGCGGGAACUUUGUGGACGCCAUGCCGGCUUCGGGCCCCGUCUUCAACCUGGGCCACCUUCCACACCCGUCGUCCACCAGCGUGGACUACAGCUGCGCGGCGCAGAUCCCCGGGAACCACCACCACGGACCCUGCGACCCCCACCCCACCUACACGGACCACUCGCACCAAGCCACUCAGGGAAGGAUUCAGGAGGCGCCCAAACUCACGCACUUGUAGUAUUGGCGUGUGCGUGGAUGCCAAUAUGAUCUUUUUAUUACCUCACUAUAUACUCAUGUGCAUCAUCAUCAUCAUCACAGUAUUAUUGUGCAUUUUAAUUCUAAAUAACACAGCUUCUCCCACGCUACGUGGGAAUGUCUGUCUGUUGUUUUUUUUUUUUAUAUACUAAAGUGCAUUUUGGACUGAAUAUUUGACUUGAAAGUAAGCUUGUAGACGAUGAACGUAUAGAAACUAAUUUUUUUAAAUAGUCCUAUUAAUUGUCAGGAUCUCAUCCUCCAUCAUGACUAUUUAUUUAUUCUCUAUUGCGCCUCUAUCUAUUUAUUAUUUAAUGGUUGCACAUUAUUUAUCGUUUUAUAAGCGAGUAUUUAUACGUGUAUUUGUUUUCUUGUUCGGACAGAUCAGUGCACUUGAUGGCAAAACAGGGUUGUUUAAAAAAAAAAAAAAAAAAAAAAGGAAAAAAAAAAGAACAUAAUUGGUUAUUGUAAAUUGGGGACAAAUGGGGCAUUUUAUAGUGUAUAAGCACCACUACGUGUCCAUGGUUAAUAUUGUGUGGAACCUUAAGCAAAUCGUAGACUAUCCCAAGUAUCGAAUAUUGUACACACCAGCAUGACAUUUUGUGUAUUCCAUUCCAAAAAAAAAAAUUUUUUUUUUUAUUCCACCCCAUAAUUACCAGACCUUAAUCAUAUUGAAAUGUUCUAUUUUAUUGUGUUGAGCAUUUUGUAAAUAAAA